AUGGAACUUGAAGCUUGCAGAAGAGGAAGCAGAUUUUCAUUAUAUGAGAAACUAGCCACCAUAGGUUUGGUGGCUCUAGCGGUGGCUUCUCCUCUUUAUAUGGAGCGCAAGCCAGAGAGUGACAGUGACUUGGAAGAUGAUGAACAGCCCAUAAAUGUUUCUGUUUGGUUGCCUUUGCUGCUUUUUUUAUUGAUUUUAUGCAUAGCUUUAUCAGCUUACUUGGACCAGAGCUUCGCUGUGUUUGAUCGUUACUGGAUUCAUAGAGUCUGUGGUUCUUCAGGUGGUAUUUUUGUGAUUAUUGCUGUUCUUAUUCUUAUUUUGAAGUGGAAAUCAUCUCUGUAA